CGCUGGUAGUCCCGGGACGACGACGGAGAAGCUGGAGCAGCCGAAGGUGGCGGGGCCCCCCGGCCACUAGCACCCUUGGUCCCCGCUGCACCCCCUGCAACCGCAGCCGUGGGGGAUGUGGCAUGUCGCGGUGCUGCCGGCGUGUAGCUCAUUCCUGAUGCCGCUGUUUGUCGCUGAGUUUUGAAGAGAUUUAUUGGCUGGCUCUUGCUAAGCCAUGCUUGAGUAAUCCGAGCUGCUGAGCGCCGUGGUGGAGCCCGGAGGGGGGGACGUCACUCCCUCUGGCAGCGGAGCAACAUUAGUCUUCCAGCCCUCUAACCAUCGCUACAGCGUCGGAAACUGCCGGGUCACGGCCAUUUGCUUUGGAAAAUUGGCGAUGUUUGGUGCUAGAGAUCGAUUACUCUUGUAAUCCAGCCCCCCACCUCCUCCUGCUUACCCCACCCCUACCCGCCCCAGACAAUAGCGUCCGACUCCUCCAGGAAAAAAUAGAAAAGAAAGCAAGGAAGGAAAAGAAAAAGAAAGAAAGAAAAAAAGAAACUGGGGGAUGGAUCUGACUCCAAUAGGAAAAGCGUGUAUCUAGAAGUGGUGCUAAUGGGAAGAGAUUUCCGAGCUUCAGAGGACGAUGAUUUGUCACAAAGGGUAGCCGGCUCGGUGCUCUGGGCUGGAGCCGUGUAGGAGAUCCUUGGAGAAGUCAUUGUGCACAGAAAACCGAAGACCUGUACAAACAUGCCUGUUCGCAGAGGUCAUGUGGCACCACAAAAUACAUUUUUGGGUACAAUCAUACGAAAAUUUGAAGGGCAAAAUAAAAAAUUCAUCAUUGCUAAUGCUAGAGUGCAGAAUUGUGCUAUCAUCUACUGCAAUGAUGCGUUCUGUGAGAUGACCGGGUUCUCCAGGCCAGAUGUCAUGCAGAAACCUUGCACCUGUGAUUUUCUUCAUGGGCCAGAGACCAAAAGACAUCAUAUUGCCCAAAUUGCUCAAGCACUCCUGGGGUCAGAGGAGAGGAAAGUGGAAGUCACCUAUUAUCACAAAGACGGAUCUACUUUCAUUUGCAACACCCACAUAAUUCCAGUGAAAAAUCAAGAGGGAGUAGCAAUGAUGUUUAUUAUUAACUUUGAGUAUGUUACAGAUGAAGAGAAUGUGGUAUCUCCUGAGAAGUGCAAGCCAAUAUUGCCAUCCAAACUUGUAAAUCAUGGUAACAACCUUUCGAGUGGCUCUUCUUCAGGCAGACUUCUUGGGUUCCGGUUACCUGGAUUGAGACUUUUAACAUACAGAAAGCAGUCUUUACCACAGGAAGACCCCGAUGCAGUGAUAGUCGAUUCAUCUAAGCACAGUGACGACUCAGUGGCAAUGAAGCACUUUAAAUCACCUACAAAAGAAAGCUGUAGUCCUUCAGAAGUGGAUGAUACAAAAGCACUAAUUCAACCCAGUAAAUGUUCACCUUUGGUUAAUAUAUCAGGACCUCUUGACCAUUCAUCACCUAAACAGCAAUGGGACAGACUUUACCCUGAUAUGAUACAGACAAGCAAUCCGCUAACCCAUUCCAGAUCAAAGGAAAGCAUUUGUAGCAUACGGCGAGCGUCUUCAGUACAUGACAUAGAAGGCUUUAACGUCCAUCCCAAGAACAUUUUUAGGGACCGUCAUGCAAGUGAAGAUAAUGGUCGCAAUGUCAAAGGGCCUUUUAAUCAUAUCAAGUCAAGUCUAUUGGGAUCCACAUCGGAUUCAAAUCUCAACAAAUACAGUACAAUCAACAAAAUUCCUCAACUCACACUGAACUUUUCAGAUAUCAAAAGUGAAAAAAAAUCUUCAUCUCCUCCUUCUUCGGAGAAAGCGAUUAUUGCACCUAAGGUGAAAGACCGAACGCACAAUGUAACAGAGAAGGUUACCCAGGUUCUAUCCUUAGGGGCUGAUGUUCUACCAGAAUAUAAACUCCAGACACCUCGCAUCAAUAAGUUUACUAUAUUGCACUAUAGUCCUUUCAAAGCCGUCUGGGACUGGCUCAUUCUGUUGCUGGUAAUAUACACCGCCAUAUUCACCCCUUACUCUGCUGCCUUCCUUCUGAAUGAUAGUGAGGAAAGGAAGAGGAGAGAGUGUGGAUAUUCUUGCAGCCCACUGAAUGUUGUAGACUUAAUUGUGGAUAUUAUGUUUAUCAUUGACAUUCUGAUAAACUUCAGAACAACAUAUGUGAAUCAGAAUGAAGAAGUGGUAAGUGACCCAGCAAAAAUAGCAAUUCACUACUUCAAAGGCUGGUUCCUAAUUGACAUGGUUGCUGCAAUACCUUUUGACCUGCUGAUUUUUGGCUCUGGCUCUGAAGAGACAACAACUUUAAUAGGUCUUCUGAAGACAGCUAGACUGCUGCGUUUGGUGAGGGUAGCAAGGAAAUUGGACAGAUAUUCAGAAUAUGGUGCUGCAGUUCUGAUGCUUCUUAUGUGCAUAUUUGCAUUAAUUGCACACUGGCUUGCUUGCAUUUGGUAUGCCAUUGGAAAUGUAGAAAGACCUUACCUGGCUCACAAGAUUGGCUGGUUGGAUUCUUUAGGAGAACAAUUAGGAAAACAUUACAAUAAGAGUGAUGCAAGCUCUGGACCAUCCAUUAAGGACAAAUAUGUUACAGCACUUUAUUUUACCUUCAGCAGUCUGACAAGUGUAGGAUUUGGAAAUGUGUCUCCAAACACCAACUCAGAGAAAAUCUUUUCCAUCUGUGUCAUGUUGAUUGGCUCUCUAAUGUAUGCUAGCAUUUUUGGAAAUGUAUCUGCAAUAAUCCAGAGACUCUACUCAGGAACUGCACGCUAUCACAUGCAGAUGCUGCGAGUAAAGGAGUUUAUACGCUUUCAUCAAAUCCCCAACCCUCUGCGGCAGCGACUUGAGGAAUACUUCCAGCAUGCAUGGACAUACACCAAUGGCAUUGACAUGAACAUGGUCCUGAAGGGCUUUCCAGAAUGCUUACAAGCUGACAUUUGUCUGCACCUCAACCAAAAUUUACUUCAGAAUUGUAAAGCUUUCAGGGGGGCCAGUAAAGGCUGUCUUCGAGCUUUGGCUAUGAAAUUUAAAACAACACAUGCACCUCCUGGAGACACUUUAGUGCACUGUGGAGAUGUUCUCACUGCUCUUUACUUUGUGUCAAGAGGCUCCAUUGAAAUCCUUAAGAGUGACAUUGUUGUAGCCAUUCUUGGGAAAAAUGAUAUUUUUGGAGAGAUGGUACAUCUUUAUGCAAAACCAGGAAAGUCAAAUGCAGAUGUGAGAGCUUUAACUUACUGUGACUUACAUAAGAUCCAGCGAGAAGAUCUACUAGAAGUUUUGGAUAUGUACCCUGAAUUUUCUGAUCUCUUCCUCACCAAUCUAGAGCUGACUUUUAAUCUGAGAGAUGAAACUGCAAAGUCUGACCUCGUAAUAAGAUCACAAACUACUAAUGAUAUGGAUGGAGAUAACUGCAAACUACGAAGACGGAAAUUGUCCUUUCAAAGUGAAAUAGAGGAAGAUUAUUUCAAAGAGAAUGAUCAGAGUGAUCCUGAACCCUCAGGGGACACCACCAGAUACUAUCAAUCUGUUAAGAAACACUUUGAGGAGAAAAAAAGUGGGUCAUCAUCUUUUGUAUCAUCCAUUGAAGAUGAGCAAAAGCCCCUGUUCUCUGGGACAGCUGAUUACCCAUCUGUAACAGAGAAAACCACAGAGGUGGACUUUGAAGAAAUGGUUCAUGCCCCAGAAGAAAUUCUUAUUGACAAAAGAAGCAAUUCUUGCAAAGAUAUCACUGAUAAAAGAACCUGGGAGCAAGAGAACAUCCAGGAGUACCAGGACUCUCCAGUUCAGUCAGCAUUACCCCAUGUUACAUGGGGGAUCUGUGAAACUGAAAGUGACUUCAUAUAUGGGGAAGUGGAGAAUCGAUUAGAUUUACUUCAAGAGCAACUCAACAGGCUUGAAUCCCAAAUGACUGCCGAUAUCCAAACCAUCCUGCAGCUUCUGCAAAGGCAGACAACACUCAUUCCACCUGCCUAUAGCAUGGUGACUGCAGGUGCAGAGUACCAACAGCCAGCAAUCCGGGUAAUACAAAAGCUUCAGCCUGCAGCAUCAAUUAAAACAGACAGGAGUUUCAGACCUUCAUCUCAGUGUCCUGAAUUUCUAGACCUUGAAAAAACAAAACUUAAAUCCAAAGAAUCCCUCUCAAGUGGAGUGCAUCUUAACACAGCCUCAGAAGACAACCUGGCUUCUCUUUUAGACCAAGAACGUGACCAGUCUGUAGAGUGUCCCCCACAGCACUGUAAAACUUAUCUCCAGCCAAUUAGGCAUCCUUCCUUGCCAGAAUCUUCACUAACCACUGUAGGAAUUUUGAGUCUUCAUAGGCAUGUUUCUGAUCCUGGUCUUCCUGGGAAAUAAUACUUUUGUACUAUUAGUUCACAUAAAAAUGUAAGUGCUUUUAAUGGCUGGUUUUCCUUUUUUUUUUUUUUUUUGUAUUUAAAUCCUCUAUACUUGACUCAGGGGCUACAAGGAAUAUACCAUUAUAUGCAAAAGUACUGUAUAUUUUCCUAAAUCUGAAGCUUGUAAGGUAAAGUUGAGCAGUUCUGAUGUAAAUAUAUAUAUAUACACACACACACACUAAGUGUAUGUUCCAAAUGUAAAACUGCCAGCAUUCUCAAGGCACCUUAUUUUUUUUUUUUAAUAACAUGCAUGUUCUGAAAUUACAGGUUACGUUGCAUGGAUAUUACCAUUUACUGCUGUCAUGGAAAUAGUAUUAUAUUGUGGAUAUGUGUUCAGAGCAAAUAGGAGACCAAUAACAAUAAUUCACAUAGAAAAAUUCCUUCCUGACCAAGCUAAAAUUCAAGCAAAAUCUUCUUCUAGCUCAGUUCUGAAAAUCAAUUUAUCUUUCUUGUAGUGAGCUUUUUACAGUCAAUCACAAUGAUUCUGAACCUAGAGAAAAAAGAAGGUAACCCAGUCUUCUAGGUUUAAAACAAUUAGGACAGAGAAACCAGCCUGCUUCCAAAUCAGUUGAAGUAGAGCAGCACUUUAAAAGACAGGAAAACUCUGCCACAUGCUCGAAAGAAUCACUGUAGAUCACAUCCACAAAACUGCAGGAAUUGAAUAAUUUGUUUCCCUUUUUUUAUUAUUUAUUUAUUUUUAAUUGCAUCACAGAAGUUAGCUGCCAUAAACAGGCAGGAACUCUUCAUCUGUCACACAAACAUAAUCAAAUGCAAUAAAUGUCAUUUCUGUAUAAUGCAGAAGACUGUGUUCCUUUUGUUUCAUACAAAUUAUUAACAGUCUGUUGAAUUAAAAAAUACUUUACACAUUUUUGAUUUCUAAUUAUGAGGGUGGCUGUUUGCAGUUACCUGUUUUUACUGACUGGCCCCUCCACAAUGAUCCUAGAUAGAGUAUAUAGGUAUGUGGAUACACAUACACCACACACACAUUCCUGUAUGUGUGCAUGUGUGUAUUUUAUAUAUGUACAUAUGUGUGUAUGUAUGUGCGUAUAUAUUUAUACACACGUGUGUAUAUGUGUAUACGUUACUCUAUAUACACACAUACACACAAGUGUGUGCUUAUACCUACACUUAUAUGUAGGAGUAUAGAUAUAUAGAGAUAUAUAUAUGUAUAUAUGUAAAAUCACUUUCAGGAACAACUGUAAACUUUCUUAUUACAAAAUGAGUAAGCUUAGCUUGUGUCCAAAGCUGACUACAUUAGAAUAAAAUGAUUUAAGGUCCAUAGGCUUUGAAUACAGUAUGUACCGUAUGUGCAUAAUGCUUUGUGAAUACUUAAGAUUUAAUUUUAUUAAAAUAUUAUUCUGCUUCA